CCCCCCACCGGGACCAGCACGCUGAUCAGUGCCGUGAGCACCGGUGGCCCCAUCGCCUCCAGGGCUGCACACAACGGAGUGGAGCCCAAGGGCGGGCAGCUGGUGUCCCAGGGCCCUCCCCCAGUGCCCCAGGUGAACCACAGCACCCCCCUGAUGCAGACCAAGAUGCCCGUGGCUGGGGGGUCUGUUAUCCUGGCCCCCCCACCCACAGUGGUGCAGCCUGGGUCCCCAGUGGUGGCCCUGAAACCUGCUGUGAACGGGGUGGCCGUCGUAAGGCCCCCGGGGAUUGCUGUGGUGAGGCCCCCGGGGGCCACCUCAAUCCAGCAGCAGAGGUCCGGGCUGGUGGCCCCCAGCAGAGCACCAGCCCCCCAGCUGGCAGUGAGGCCCCAGCAGCAGACCACCAUCCAGCUGCCCCCCGGAUUCAGCAUGCCUCCAGGGAUGGUUCUGGUUCGUACGGAGACGGGUCAGCUGGUCAUGGUUCCUCAGCAGGUUCUGGCUCAGGCUCAGGCCAAGACUCAGCAGGGGGCGGCCAUCGGCCAGAGACCGGCCACACCCACCGCUGGCGCCACAGUCCGGGUCAGCAGCGCCGCCACGGCUCCUCAGACCGUCCGCCUGGCCUCCCCUGCUCAGACCAGAAUGGUUCAGUCCACCUCCACUGUCCAGAAGGCCAUCUCGGUGGCCCCCGGGGGGCCCACAGUGACGGUGAAGAUGCCCCCCCCUCAGAAAGGCCCCACAGUGAUAACAGGAAACAAGCCUUCCCCCCUGACCAGCAGCACCCCCUGUACCCCACCCGGCAGGGGCCCCCUCUUGUCCCAGGAGAUGCAGGAGAACGUGAAGAAGUGUAAGAACUUCCUGGCAACGCUCAUCAAGCUGGCGUCCCACAACUCCCCCUCCCCCGACACCUCCAAGAACGUGAAGGCCCUGGUGCAGGACCUGCUGGACGCUAAGAUCGAGCCGGAGGAGUUCACCACCCGGCUGCAGGCAGAGCUCAAGUCGUCCCCCCAGCCCUACCUCAUCCCCUUCCUCAAGAAAAGCCUCCCUGCCCUGCGUCAGUCUCUGCUCAGCAACCAGCAGUCUCUGCUGGCCUCCACCUCAGCGCCCCCCCACUCGGCCCCCAUCAUCACCACCUCCAUCAGACCCAGAUUACCCAUGAGCCCCGGCGGCAGCACGGUGCGCCUCAACACACCGCUGGUCGUGGGCCGGGCCGGGGGCCAGGCCGGGGUCCAGGCUCGCUCCCCCGUGGUCUUCAGUCAGACCCUCCGGCCUCAGGGUACGCUCAUCAGAGGACCCACCACCAUCAUAGGUAGAAGUCAGCUCAACGUGACUCCAACCAAUCAGAGGAAGCUCAGCGACCCGGGGGGCGGGACUUUCAGAGACGACGACGACAUCAACGACGUGGCGUCCAUGGCGGGGGUGAACCUGAACGAGGAGAAUGCUCGCAUCCUGGCCACCAGCUCGGAGCUGGUCGGGACCAAGAUCCGGUCCUGCAAGGACGAGGCCUUCCUGCCCCCCGGCCUGCUGCACCGGCGCAUCCUCGACUCAGCGAAGCAGCAGGGGGUUCUGGAGGUUCCUCUGGAGGUAGUGGCUCUGAUCUCUCACGCCACUCAGGCCAGACUAAGAGCUCUGCUGGAGAAAGUGAGCAGCAUCGCCCAGCACCGCAGCGAGGGGGGGAAGGAGGAGGAUCAGGAGUGUGUGUCAGACGUUCGCUCUCAGCUUCGGUUCUUCGAGCAUCUGGAGAGACUGGAGAAACAGAGGAAGGACGACCAGGAGAGAGAGAUCCUGCUGAAGGCUGCCAAGAGUCGCGCCCGACAGGAGGAUCCAGAGCAGGCCCGUCUGAAGCAGAAAGCUAAGGAGAUGCAGCAGCAAGAGUUAGCUCAGAUGAGACAACGAGACGCUAACCUGACGGCGCUCGCUGCCAUCGGACCCAGGAAGAGACGCAAGAUGGAUUCACCGGGAGGAAGCUCCGCCCCCGAGGUGGCGUGCGGUCCCGGCUCCUCCCCCGGUGCCUCAUCGUCACGGCAGCAGCUGCGGCAGCGAAUCACCAGAGUGAACCUCAGGGACUUCAUCUUCUGCCUGGAGACCGACCGCAUCACCGCCAGGUCCCUCACGCUCUACAAGGCGCUGCUCAAAUAACAGUGACCCCCCUGGGCGCUGGACACUCUGAGCCCUCACUUCAUAGUGUGUGUGCCCCUCCCCCUCUGGUUAGCUUAGCUUAGCAUAAAGACUGGCGGUGGAGGGAAACUGCUGCCGUGUGCUGGGGGGUUUACUCUUCAGGGAAACAGCUGAUUGUAGUUUAACUUUUAUUUUUGUACGGAUGAAUAAAUCUUUAGGGGGGGGGUUGUCUUUAUGCUAAGCUAAGCUGCUGGCUGUGGUGGAGGAGACGCAGGUGGAGCUUCACCUCCUCAUCUCUACUCCACAUCUGGACCUUAUUCUCACAAGACCCUUUAACAUUCAGUGACAUCAUGACCCUGCAUCACGUCUGUUAGCGUGUUCUGUUAGCGUGUUCUGUUCAUCAUGCUUCACGGAGGACUGAACUGUCCCUUUAAGAGUCCUCACAGGGAGCUGGAUCUCCCAUGGUCAGUGAACCCCACUCAGGCUGCGUUCAGGAACACUCCUGCAGUCUCUCCUGCUCUUCCUCUCUUUGCUAUUUGAGAAUAUGGACCGUACCAUUAAUGUGUGGGGGGGUCAGAUGAAGUUUUUAUAGGUUUGAAAGUUUUUCUCUGUUUUUUGGCUGGGGGCGGGGUUUAAUGCUUUAACUGUGUCCCCUGAUGUCGGACGUCUGGUUUGUAAAGUCUGUCUGGGGGGGUUUCACCGUGUGAGGAUUUUAGCGAGUAUUUAUAUUUCCUACUCUGAAUUAAAUCCUGACACAUUUCAGGGAAAUACAUUUUACAGUCGUUUGUACCUUUUCAAAAACAUGAAAUAAAGAAUAAAGAAACAC